AUGGCGGCAUCCGAGCUCUUCACGAAGAACGUAACAGAAACCGUUCGGCCACUCAGCUGUAAGGAGCUCUGCACCUGCCCCUUUAAUAAUAACCCUUUGAAUGAAGAGAGCAUCUCGCAGCCCAGGAUCGCAGCUCGCUUUACCAAGGCCGUCCGCGGGAGGGCCCCACCUGGGCGCCGCGCUCGGCCGCCUGCACUGGCGCCCUGCGGCCCUGAGGGGAGCCGCCGAGCGGAUCGCGCCCGGCCCGAGCCUUUCUGUCCCCGCCGAGCCGCCGUCGGGCUCCCCGCCUCUCCCUCCGCUGCGGAGCAUGGCGGCCGCCUCCGGGCCCCCGCCCGGCCGGGAGCGUCUGCGGGACGACGGCGUGAGGACCUCACCUCGGCCGAGCAGACCAAAGUGGAAGACUUGGUGCAAGAGGUCUUCAGCGCUUACAAGACGAACCACCACACCUCACAAUUUGUUCUGCAGCGCGAGAAGCAUUUCCACUACUUGAAGAGAGGCCUGAGACAACUGACGGACGCCUACGAGUGCCUGGACGCCAGCCGCCCCUGGCUGUGCUACUGGAUCCUGCACAGUUUGGAGCUGCUAGACGAGCCCAUCCCAGAGUCUGUGGCUUCGGACGUCUGCCAGUUCCUAAGCCGGUGCCAGAGCCCCAGCGGUGGGUUCGGAGGAGGGCCGGGCCAGCACCCCCAUCUCGCUCCCACCUAUGCCGCUGUCAAUGCUCUCUGCAUCAUCGGCACCGAAGAGGCCUUCAGCGUCAUCAACAGGGAGAAGCUCUUGGAGUAUCUGUACUCGCUGAAACAGCCCGAUGGCUCCUUCAUCAUGCACGUGGGAGGUGAAGUGGAUGUCAGGAGCGCAUACUGCGCCGCCUCAGUGGCUUCGCUGACCAACAUCAUCACGCCCACGCUCUUCGCAGGGACUGCCGAGUGGAUCGCAAGGUGCCAGAACUGGGAGGGUGGCAUUGGCGGCGUCCCAGGCAUGGAGGCCCACGGAGGAUACACUUUCUGUGGCCUGGCAGCGCUGGUCAUUCUGAAGCAGGAGGACUCACUGAAUCUGAAAUGUUUGUUACACUGGGUCACGAGCCGGCAGAUGCGCUUUGAGGGCGGUUUCCAGGGCCGCUGUAACAAGCUGGUGGAUGGCUGCUACUCGUUCUGGCAGGCGGGCCUGCUGCCCCUCCUCCACCGAGCACUGCAUGCCAAAGGCGACCCUGCCCUCAGCAUGACGCACUGGAUGUUCGACCAGCAGGCACUGCAAGAGUACAUCCUCCUGUGCUGCCAGUGCCCUGCCGGGGGGCUGCUGGACAAGCCGGGCAAGUCACGGGAUUUUUAUCACACCUGCUACUGCCUGAGCGGGCUGUCGAUAGCCCAGCACUUCGGCAGCGGAGACCUGCUCCACGAGGUGGUGCUGGGAGUUCCUGAGAAUCGCCUGCAACCGACGCACCCAGUGUACAACAUCUCCCCCGACAGAGUGGUGCAGGCGGUCAUGCACUUCCUGCGGCAGCCCGUCCCCAGCAUGCCGGCAGCGGAGGCGGCGACAGGGGCUGCCGGAGACUAGAUGCGGCUGCUCCCUUCGCGGAGGCUGGACAGACGGGCUGUCCCUGCAGUCGGAGCGCAGCGCGGAGCCCACCCCGUGGGGCGAUCCUUGUGGUUGGAGAGCGGGACAGACAGAGCGCUCCCCCCUUGGGCCGGUGCGAGCUCAGGGCACUAGCCAGACCAAAAAUAGCCACAUUGGCCCCCUGCCAUAGGCACCCGUGGGCCCUGGACCCCACUAACCUUCCUGCCAGGAGCAAAGCUGUUCUGAAAUAACGGGCUGUGAACGUUUUAGCAUCAAUAAACCAGAACUGGUUCCUUGGCACCACACUAAAUCCGCCCGAGCUGCUGCCAUCCAGCCUGGCCUGUGCAGGCCCUGCCCCCCACAGCACCACCACGGAGCAGGCGUGGGGCCUGUUCAAAAUUAACACCGCAGGAGGAGAGGGAGGCGGGUGCCACAGGGCCUGCUGCUGCUACUGGCUGAAGCUUGGCUUGGCACUGGGAUGAGGGGCUGAUGGGAGGUGGUCACUGCGGCAGGGGUCCCUGCUGCUUGGGGGCCUUGCGUGGAAUGGGAAACCCAGCGGGAGUCCAGUUAAGGGGACAGGACUGAAAUGGGCAGCAGCCCCCUUCCCUCUGCCAAUGCCCCCCCCCCAGGUCUUGCGAGGUGAUUCUGCCCAUGUGGUUAUUAAACCUUUUUCUGGCUGCCUCCUCGCCUCAGUGCAGUGAGCCUGCCCGUGGCAUCCUGGCUCUGCGGUGAGAGGGGCCAAA